AUGACCUGUGGAUUCGGCGGCCGCGCCUUCAGCUGCGCCUCGGCCUGCGGGCCCCGGCCCGGCCGCUGCUGCAUCACCGCCGCCCCCUACCGCGGCGUCUCCUGCUACCGCGGCCUCCCCGGGGGCUUCGGCAGCCGCAGCAUCUGCGGGGGCUUCCGCUCCGGCUCCUGCGGACGCACCUUCGGCUACCGCGCCGGCGGCGUGUGCGGGCCCGUCCCGCCCUGCAUCACCAGCGUGUCGGUCAACGAGAGCCUGCUGACGCCCCUCAACCUGGAGAUCGACCCCAACGCGCAGUGCGUGAAGCACGAGGAGAAGGAGCAGAUCAAGUGCCUCAACAGCAGGUUCGCGGCCUUCAUCGACAAGGUGCGCUUCCUGGAGCAACAGAACAAGCUGCUGGAGACCAAGUGGCAGUUCUACCAGAACCAGCGCUGCUGCGAGAGCAACCUGGAGCCCCUGUUCAACGGCUACAUCGAGACGCUGAGGCGGGAGGCCGAGUGCGUGGAGGCCGACAGCGGGCGGCUGGCCUCAGAGCUCAACCACGUGCAGGACGUGCUGGAGGGCUACAAGAAGAAGUACGAGGAGGAGGUGACUCUGAGGGCUACAGCUGAGAAUGAAUUUGUGGCUCUGAAGAAGGAGGUGGACUGCGCUUACCUCCGCAAGUCAGACCUGGAGGCCAACUCUGAGGCCCUGACCCAGGAGAUCGACUUCCUGCGGCAACUGUACGAGGAGGAGAUCCGGGUCCUCCACGCCCACAUCUCAGACACCUCCGUGGUGGUCAAGAUGGACAACAGCCGGGACCUGAACAUGGACUGUGUCAUCGCCGAGAUCAAGGCUCAGUAUGACGACAUCGCCAGCCGCAGCCGGGCCGAGGCCGAGUCCUGGUACCGCAGCAAGUGCGAGGAGAUAAAGGCCACAGUGAUCCGGCACGGGGAGACCCUGCGCCGCACCAAGGAGGAGAUCAACGAGCUGAACCGCAUGAUCCAGAGGCUGACUGCUGAGGUGGAGAAUGCCAAGUGCCAGUGCCUGAAGCUGGAGGAGAACAUCAAGGUGGCCAAGGAUCAAGGGGAGCUGGCCUUCCGAGAUGCCCAGAGCAAACUGGCCGAGCUGGAGGCCGCCCUGCUUCGGGCCAAGCAGGACAUGGCGAGGCAGCUGCGCGAGUACCAGGAGCUCAUGAACACCAAGCUGGCCCUGGACAUCGAGAUCGCCACCUACAGCAAGCUGGUGGAGGGCGAGGAGAGCCGGAUGGAGCUGCCCUCGGCCACCGUGGUCAGUGCUGUGCAGUCCCGAUGCAGAGCCCCUUCCUCCAGGUCAGGCCUCUCCAAGGCCCCCUCCCGGAAGAAUACCACCAAAGGCCACGUGAUCAAGAUCACCGAAAUGUCAGAGCAGUUCCUCUCCCAGGAGUCGGAAGCCUCAGAGUAAGGAGCCCCAGGUCACUCCCACUGUAGCAGGAGAGACUGAAGCUAGACUCCAGGAAGCAGCUCGGAGCCUCUGCAUUGGAAGGGGAGGAGUGGGUACCUGGAAUGGUGGGAGGACAUGUCCCCAGAUCAGCUCCACAUCAACACUUGUUUCACCCUUCUGGUCAGAGGCUUUCUAGCCUGGUUGGC